CUUGGAAUCCAACAACACAACUUUGUUGAACGGGCUUGCAACAGCGGCUACAAGAACAAGAACCAGCGAAACCCCGCGUAACCCCCAAGACACAAGCACAGCUGCGUUCCCCCUUCGCAGUCGAGAUACCCCGGUCGUACGCUCCACACCCCAUACCCGCGAGAAACUCCCGCCCAUAACCCAAACCCGGCAAUUCCUUUCGCAGUCCUGACGAACAUGGCAGAGGCUGAUUUAAGCGGGAAGAUAGCCGCCACUCAUUACGAGCAUCUGCGCUCGUAUCUGACGUCCUACUUGCAAUCCCAACGCGAUGCCGGGAACCCGAGCAACCAGAGGACAUCCGCACGGGAGAAGCUGCUGAGGCUUACGAAACAGCAGUUCUCGGAGCUUUCUACCGACGUUUUUGAUGAGAUGAAUAGGAGGUUGUUGGAUUCGAAAGAUGUGCCCUUCCUCCCUCUUCGAGAUGAUUUCCACCCGAAGCGGAAUCAAGCCCGUCAAAAGCUGGCCACGCUCCCAAACUCCCGGUUCAAGGAUCUAGCCAGCGAUGUGUUUUACGAAGUUGAACGUCGCUUUCCGCAGGUUGUUCAGGACUACGAAGCACGAUACGGCGUGGGACCGCUACCUGAGCAGGCUCAGAACAAUCAGUCGGCCAUAUCCUCUGCGCCAUUGCCGUCAUCUUCGAAUGACUCCUUCGCUGGCUCUGCGCAAAAUGAUCCCCGACAACCUUUCCCACAACAACAGCAGCAACAACAACAGCAAUUCGGCGAUAACUCCUACAGUCAACCCUACGAAGGCAAAUCGUUAUCGGCACCAGCACCUGCGAAUGGAUCUAGGGCUAACAACGACCCUUCCGCGGUGAAUUUCGCUUCUUUGGACAACCUGAUGGCUGAUCUAGGAAACAUGCUUACAAGUCCCAAACAGGGCUAUGCUUCUGGCGCCUCCACGUCAUCAUCUUCUGAAACGGAGCGUUUGAGGAGGGAAAAUGAGACUUUGAGGCAGCGAGUCAAAGAACUGGAAGAAGGGCUUGACGAUGGCCAAAAAAGCAAGGAUCGGAUUCAAGAUCUGGAACAAAAACUGGCCGCGCAACAUAAGAUCAACGACGAACAAGCAGAGAGGCUGGAGAAUCUGGAGAGUCAGCACGCGAAGCUGAAGGAAUCUUUUGAGAGUGUACAGGACGAUUACAACAAUCAACAACAGAUCGCCAACGACAUCCGCUCAGAAGCCACCAACCUACUUGACGAGAUCAAGACGUUGUCCAGGAAGAAUGACGAGCUGCUAGCGGAACGCGAUAAAGACCGUAGUAUCAUUGCGCAACUCAAGGAGGAGCUGUCUCGGUCUCGCAGCGGAGAAGGCAACGUCACGAGGGAUAAUGGGAUUUCCGACCUCAACAGGGAUUCCGUGGGAUCAGAAGAUGGAGUCAUCGACCGGAGUCGUGUGAGCGCGUACCAGAAUGCGGUGGACGACCUCUUGCGUGCGGCAAGGAGCGACGUCUCUACCAGCGUCCUUGUUGCCAUGAAAUCCAUCGUCAUUGCAUGCAAAAACAUCACCGAGGAUGCAGAGACAUUCGAGAAUUCAUCAUCCGCACUAGGACCGGCAGAUCGCGAUCAAUUGGCCGAGACAAAGAACCGGCUGGCUGGCGCCUUGAACAAUCUGAUGAACGCGGCCAAAAUUCACGCGACGAACCCGGGAUCUUCGAAUGUCGGUCAUCUCGACAAUUCCGCUACCCAGCUGACGGCGACGAUUGUAGAAUUGGUUAAACAGUUGAGGUUGAAGUCAUCUGAUAACUACUAUCAGGAUGAUGAUCAGGAUCGUAGAAUUAGCCGAGAUGGACGAUCUGACGCUUUUGAGAUCGACGAGCUCAAGAUAUACCUGGAAAAGCAAACGGAUCAGAUCGUCCAAGCCAUCCAAUCCCUCCUGCUGGCGAUGCGCCAGUCCACGUCGUUCGGGCAGUCGUUCUCGGACACGGUCACGAGCAUCACCACGAUCGUCGACAACCUUGUCACAGUCUCGCGCACGACACUUGCCAAACCCGCCGCUGCAGAGUUCCAAACGCGCGGAGAGAUGAUUUUGCAAGACUUGUCCAACUCCAAUGUCAAGCUGGACGAGCUUGGCAGGAAUAUGCUGGCGAUGCCGCAAAGCAAGACUUUGAAGCAGAAACUGGCCAGCUCUAGUUAUGAGAUUGCCAAGUACGUCAAGGAGCUGAUCAGCUUAAUCGAGUGAUCGCAUCUUUGCUCGGGAUACGCACGCAAAAUCAAAGCAAUCCUGUUCAACUACGCACAUCCUUCGACAAUCAAAGCACCUUGCUCGACAUCGCCGCCAAUGCAUACCAAGUAUAUCGAAACCAUACCAGCCGCGACUCCGUUCCCCCACCAACCCGCUCGACCAUCAUUCCCAACCAUCAUUCCCACGCACGCAAAGCACGACAUCCAGAGAGGCCCCCCCAAGCCCAACCACCCAUUCACUUUUCAUCUUGUUCACCUUUUCCUUCACAUCCCGUUUUCCAAUCAGCUAUACUCUUAUGCGCCCUCCAAAGCGUGUUGCCCUCGUUUCAAGACGCCCCAUUCAUCAUUUCAAGUUUUUCUCACGUUUGGGUUCACUCAAUUUCAGUCUGGUUCUUUCGGACUGAGGCAUCAUCUUUUAUCUAUAAUACAUACAAUUAAUAGAGU